AUGCCUCCACGCCUCCCCUCGCCGGCAUUACUCGCCUCCGCCCACCGCCGCGCGCUCUCCGCUCUCCCAGCUACCGCCGCCGCGCGACCCGGUGCCCCCCACCUGCUCGACGGAGUGCCGCGCCCGGACCCCCUCGCUCAACUCCCGCCCGAGCUCGCUUGCUUCGUCCGCUCGCGCGCCGCGGGGCACACGCCCAGCCAGUUCGCCUACGGGAACGCGCUCAAGGCCUGCGCCCCCGCCGCCGGCUCCGGAGCGCCAGGCAAUGUCGCGUUCGCGGAGCAGGUCUACUGCGCGGCCUGGAAGGACGGGCUCGCGGGCGACGCGUACGUCUGCAGCGGCAUGGUCGACCUGCUCGCCAAGAGCGGGCGCCUCGGGGACGCGCUCAGGGCGUUCGCGGACGGCGACCCGGGCAGCGCGGUCUGCUGGAACGCGGUCAUCUCUGGCGCGUCGCGGAACGGCGAGCACGGCCUCGCCGUCGAGAUGUUCACCGACAUGGCGUGGGGCUCCUGCGAGCCCAACUCGUUCACCUACUCCGGGGUUCUCAGCGCCUGCGCAGCCGCCGCGGAGCUCUGCGUCGGGAGGGCGGUUCACGGGCUGGUGCUUCGGCGUGACCCCGAGUAUGAUCUGUUCAUCGGGACGUCGAUCGUCAACAUGUACGCGAAGUCCGGCGAUAUGGUCGCUGCCAUGAGGGAGUUCUGGAGGAUGCCGGCCCGGAACGUGGUUUCCUGGACCACCGCCAUCGCUGGCUUCGUGCAGGAGGAGGAUCCAGCGAGCGCGGUUAGGCUUCUCAGGGAAAUGGUCCGGAGCGGCGUGUCGAUGAACAAGUUCACUGCUACUAGCGUCUUGCUCGCGUGUUCCCAGAUGUAUAUGGAAGUGGCUAGCCAGAUGCAUGGCAUGAUCAUAAAGACAGAGCUCUACUUGGAUCACGUUGUCAAGGAGGCUUUGAUCUGCACGUACGCUGCUAUCGGGGCUACUGAGUUGUCCGAGAAGGUGUUUGAAGAAGCUGGCAGAGUAAGCAAGACAAGUAUCUGGUCGACUUUGAUAUAUGAGAUUAGUAGCCAUAGCUUAUCGAGAUCAAUUGAGCUGUUGAUGAGGAUGUUCCGGCAGGGUCUAACACCAAAUGACAAAUGCUACGCUUCUGUUUUCAGUUCUGUGGACUCGAUUCAGCUUGGCAGACAACUGCAUUCGUCGGUUAUAAAAGAUGGGCUUGUUCAUGGUGUUGUUGUUGGCACUGCACUGUCCACCAUGUACUCCAGAGGGGAUGAAGUGGAAGAUAGCUACAAGGUCUUUCAAGAGAUGCAGGAACAUGAUGAAGUCUCAUGGACAUCAAUGGUUGCUGGUUUUGCAUCCCAUGGCCGUUCAGCUCAGGCAUUCCGAUUAUUCAGGAAUAUGAUUCUUGAUAAUUUUAAGCCUGGCCAUAUUACGCUAUCUGCCAUUCUUUCAGCUUGUAAUGGACCAGAAUGCUUGCUCAAAGGGAAGGAAGUUCAUGGACACAUCCUUCGUGCCUAUGGGGAAACCACAUCCAUCGGCCAUUCUUUGGUUUCCAUGUAUUCCAAAUGUCGCCAAGUACAAAUAGCUAGAAGAAUAUUUGAUGCAACUGCAUGCAAAGAUCAGGUCAUGCUGUCUUCAAUGAUAUCUGGAUACUCUACCAAUGAUUGCAAUGAUGAGGCAAUCUCACUUUUUCAGCUUAUGGUGGCAGCUGGUUUUCUAAUAGAUAGCUUCAUAUGCUCAUCUAUCAUUAGCCUAUGUGCUAACAUAGCAAGACCACUCUAUGGAAAACUAUUACAUGGUUAUGCAACUAAAGUAGGAAUACAGUCUGAUCUAUCAGUAAGUAGUUCACUCGUGAAGUUGUACUCCAAAAAUGGCAACCUGCGUGAUUCUCGUAAAGUUUUUGAUGAAAUUAAUUCCCCAGAUUUAGUUACUUGGACAGCUAUAAUUGAUGGAUAUGCUCAGCAUGGAAGUGGUCAGGAUUCUUUAAGGAUGUUUGAUUUGAUGAUUAAGCAUGGAGUAAAACCAGAUAAUGUUGUACUAGUAAGUAUUUUAUCUGCUUGCAGCCGCAAUGGUUUAGUUGAAGAAGGAUUUAACUAUUUUAACUCUAUGAGAAGCGUCUAUGGGGUACAGCCAGUGUUACACCACUACUGUUGUAUGGUUGAUUUACUUGGUCGUUCUGGGAGGCUUGCAGAGGCAAAAAGUUUUAUUGAGAGCAUGCCUAUGAAGCCUGACUUGAUGGUAUGGAGCACACUGCUUGCUGCUUGCAGAGUUCAUGAUGACGCUGUACUUGGAAGGUUCGUGGAAAAUAAGUUACGUGAAGAUAAUUACGAUUCAGGCUCUUUUACAACUCUGUCAAACAUUCUAGCAAAUUCUGGAGACUGGGAGGAAGCAGCGAGAGUAAGAAAAUCAAUGAAUGGCACCAAGAAAGAGCCUGGAUGGAGUAUGGUGUAAGAAUUGAAAUGACUGAAGAGUUAUAUAAAUAAAACAAAAAUGGAGCACAGUACAUUGAUGGACUUGAAAUGAUGACAUCAUCUUCGGCAAGUUGGAAAAGAGGACCAGCUGGUUGCAUAGCAGCUACUGGGCAUCUCUGGGGGAGGUUGGGGGACAAGUGAGAGAUUCACAGGGCACGUUGCAUGUCCAAUCAUCUGAAGAAUCUAGCCCCAGAUCAAAUGGGAAUUUUAUUUUUCGUGGAACUCCACACUCGUUACCUGUAACGUAUCCAUUAUCAGGUUUUCUUGUAUAUGGAUCUUCAUCCCUGUUUCCAGUACCUCCAAUUGUGUCUAUAUCCCAAUCAACUGCAUACCCAUCGCACUGUUCAAGCUGUUCGAACUCAGUAUCUGGUGAGGCUUCAUUCAUGCUAUUGACAAUUCCAGGGUCUAUGCUGAGAAGCACGGCAUCUGAUGACCUCUGCAGGGUCUGUGUUUCAAAUGGCAAGAUGAUCGGAUUGCUAUGGAUGCCUUUUUCUGAUAGAUGAGUUAAGGACGGACCGCGGUUGAAGUUUAUGACUUUAUAUGAAGAACCAUUCUGUGAACUGUUGAGCUUCUGCUGCUGCCGUCCUUGAAAGUAAUGUUGGCUAUUAAACCGAUUCACAGGUACUGCAACUUCUGCCGAGCAAGAGGAGCUUUCCAAAGCAAAAUGUGAAGCCUGUAUGGACUGCAAGGCAGAUAACAGAUCUGGCUCUGUCGUUGCAAUUGACUGAGGACCCCAGGAGUGAGAUAGUGUUCUUUGCGCCAUUGAACUAGGCUUUUUAAAUAUUCUACAAAUAGCCCAGGCAUCCUGUUUGAUAAAGACAAAUCACCGAAGUGUUGGAUCAGUUAAUGAUGGAAGCCUGAACUCAUGCAUCAUCCAAUCAGUUUUGAUCCCUUUUGCUGCUCUUCCUUUAUAAAAGACAAGAGACUUCUUCAGGCCUAUACACUUGGUUCCCUGGGAGGAGUAAAUUGGCCUAUCUGUUCCUGUUGCUUUCCAGAAUCCAGCUCCUGUGACUCUAUUUGGUCUAGCACUAUUUCGAUACUUCCGGUCCCUUGGGCAGUAGAAAUACCAUUCUUUCUCCCCAGAAGUUGCAAGUUCUAUCCAUGAGCAAGAUAAUAAAUAAUACAUUACAGAAAGGAAAUGAAUAAUGUUGCAGAAAUUCAAGGAGGAUAACUAUACUUAGAUUGGUUUUCUAAUGAGAAGAAACUACU